CCUGUGUUGAUUAUAUAUAUUUAAUGAAACAAAUAAUAAAGAAUUUAAAACCAAACAAUACAUUGGUAUAUUUAGUUAUUUGGGCACGGCACAUCUAAAGCUGUCUAACUUCUUUAUCGAAAAUGAAUGAAGAAUCAACUGAAAAUAAAGGGGGAUUCUGAUCGAGUGGAAACGUCUAAUUAUUAUAAUCAAAAAGAAGCGCUAAACCACAAGGGCUAUACAGCGGAAAAGUUAGUAACACUAUUUCGGAGAUGACAAGAACCUUCAACUUGCUGUCCAGAACAGGGCGUCGUAUUUAUGGUUCACUUCACCACACACCAGCGGACGUGGCCUUCGCCUUGAACCUGCCAUCGAGGCGGUGACAGUCAAAUACUGGAGUGGUGAUAACAUUCGACUUCCAGUCACAAGGUCCAGGGUUCUAUUCCCACACACGGCAUGGUGUAUGGGCAAUUUUUUUUUUUUAAGGUGUUCAUUACCUUGCCGAUCGUUGCCGUCUCAUCCAAGAAAAAAAUGCUGUGCAAUGUAUUAGGAAACGCAAGUGCUGGGUAAAAUGUGUACGUAAUGUUAAACAAAACAAACGAUACUCCUAUUGUUCAACGUUGCAAACCAAUCACACCCCACAAGGGAGGUUCCUUGACGCUGGUGAGGGGCUCUUGAUCUAGGGAAUUAGAUCUGUGCUCCAGUUCCCUGAACUGAGCCUGAAUACCUUUCAUCCUCCCCCUACAGGCGCUGUAUAAUCCCUACGGGUUUAGCGCUCCACUAAUAAUAAUAAUAAAACCAAUCACACCACAAAAUCAUAGUACAAAGUGUAUUCACUCUUCACGAUGUUACUAUACUGCCUCAACACAGUGCAUUCCUGAAGGCCCCACAAAAUGACAGCACUCCACUACACACUCCAGGCUAAGAUGAUAACACUGAGUAUAAGCCAUAGAAUAACUUCUACACCACUCUAUUGAAUAAUACUUGGCAUGUUUUGUACUGGUAUUUUUAAGGUGUUUGAACUCCCCUGAUAAGCUGAUUAAUACUUUACAACGUUUGAGUCCGUUCUGGCAAAAAUUAAGUGGCGACGGAGAUGGUCACAACCAGUACAGGACAGGUCUACUAAACCUUUCAAGAUUUAUUUUCGAUUUCUAGGUUAGCUGUGAAUUACUCCAGCUUUGGUACUGUGACUAACUCAUGCAUAAUGUGUCAAAUUUUACAGACGUUAAAGGUGACUAGCAGUCAAACGUAUGAUAUUUUACACUAUUACUACACAGUCUACAGCUGUGAGAUAACUUAAAGGUACACCUACAAGGGUGCCAAUAUAACAUUGCUGACAUCCCUUAAUCGUAUUCUACAUCUUAUCUGCAGUUUGGAGACAACAGUAUUUUACAAAUACGACCACUGUGAGCAUAAGCGUACGGAGUGGUGUGCGUGCGUGCGGUCCUCCCUACCUACUUCCUGAGGCCGAGAGGAAAUGGGAUGAUUAUAUUCACGGAAAAGAAAAUGAUAGGAUGGAUAGUGAGAACUUUCAAAACGAGAGAUGCCAAGCCCAUGAUGAUCCUUUUCAAAUCACUUGUUCUCUCUAGGCUAGAAUACUGCUGUACAUUAACAUCUCCAUUCAAAGCAGGUGAAAUCGCAGAUCUAGAGAGCGUACAGAGAUCCUUUACUGCACGUAUAAGUUCUGUCAAGCACCUUAACUACUGGGAACGCUUGGAAGCACUUGACUUGUACUCGUUGGAACGCAGGAGGGAGAGAUAUAUCAUAAUCUACACUUUGAAAAUCUUGGAAGGAAUGGUCCCAAAUCUGCACACAGAAAUCACUCCCUACGAAAGUAAAAGACUGGGCAGGCGAUGCAAAAUGCCCCCAAUAAAAAGUAGGGGCGCCAUUGGUACACUAAGGGAAAACACCAUAAGUGUCCGGGGCCCAAAACUGUUUAACAGCCUCCCAUCAAGCAUUAGGGGAAUUGCCAAUAAACCCCUGGCUGCCUUCAAGAGAGAGCUGGACAGAUACCUAAAGUCAAUGCCGGAUCAGCCGGGCUGUGGCUCGUACGUUGGACUGCGUGUGGCCAGCAGUAACAGCCUAGUUGAUCAGGCCCUGAUCCACCGGGAGGCCUGGUCAUGGACCGGGCCGCGGGGGCGUUGAUCCCCGGAAUAACCUCCAGGUAAAAGUGCAAAGCCCAUCCGGGUUGUACAGCACCUGAGAAAUGAGGCAAUCAGGUUCGACCCCAAGGUAGGUCUCCUUAAUUGAAAAACGAGCCCAUUUCCUCACUGCGCCCUUGUCAUUAGGGCUGGCCCCGCCAUAGGACUAUGUGAAGAGAUUCGCCGUGCCCUUGUCAUUGGGUUGUAAACGAUACAUCACUCUUAGAAACUCAGACACUACUCCUUCGGAAGCCACUGCCGGAUCACCACAUGGAGAAGACCCGGACCAGGACCCGUCCUAGCUAACCUACAUGAACAUGAAGGAACACGAGCCCACUUCCUCCACUUGCCUUGAGGUGCCGAGAAAGUGGGCGAGACAGGAGGAGAGCUUCCUCACCUCAGUCGCUGACCGCACGUCAUACUGAUCGCUCCUGCUACACACAACCACACAUUUCAAUCCUGCCUACAUACACUACCAAACAAACAUAUGGAUCCAAAAUAUAUUAAAAACAAGCUGUAGAACCAUACAAGUCAUACAGAUAUAUACCUAGACUUCACAAAAUUACAUUUCUACGUACUAGAUAAAAGCAAAUUUACAUGUAUACAAACAAGUUUUCUUCAAUGAGCUGAAAUUCCGCAUCAACCUCGCCACCCACAAGUACUGAAUAUCUGGACCUCGCCAUCAUACUACAAAGAUGCAAUGCAAAUUAUUCAACACAUGUCCAUGGAAGACAAUAAUUUUUGUACUGGCAAGUGCUGUGCUCAUCCUCUACUACCAUGUACUCGCAUCCCCACUACUGCUGCCAAAAUUACCACCUCCAAAUAUACUCUUAUCGUCUAGUAGAAAUGGAUCACCAAGUGCUCAAGUGCCCAGGACAACGAAUGAAGACUUGGGGAAAGCUCCCUUCGCACAUAAUAGUAACUUGAGAUAUAAGAACAUGUCUAAAAUUAAUAAACCUAUUCCAGAUGGCACUGAAGUAAAUGCUGAAGCUGAUGCUAACUCUUAUAAAAUUGAACUGAUAGAUGAUACAGGAGAAGACUACCAACCAAGCAGUGAGGAACUCUCAUUCAAACUAAUCUUGAAAGGUGUUGAUCUCAUUCACCAAGCAGCGAAAACUUAGCAUAGAUAAUAUUAAGUAUAACUUGCAAAACAAGACAAAAUUUCCCCAAACCACUUUGCAAUACACACAAGACCAAGAAAAUACAACAGAAAUGAAUCAAAUAAAUAAUCAAGGAAAAAACAGCACUUACUAUGCUAAUAAAGUCCAAGAGAUUAAUGAAACGCAUGAUCAUAUUUUAAGCACAGUUCUUCCACAUUAUGACAUGCAGGAGAAAAUCUCUCUCAAUGCAUGUAAUAUACUGUUGAAUCUUGCUCCAUGCUCGUGUGUACGUAAUGUAGCAUCCACGAUACCAUCAUGUCCAAGCCAGGAAAUGGGCCUAAGCCAAAUUAUUGCAAGAAUAAAUGGCACAGUGGGAGAAUCAACAUGCAGCGAUUGGGCCACCAUGAGAGGAAGCAACCAGUCUGUCAUAAGCUUCAGCUUAUUUGGCAAAUUCCCAAGUCCCUACUACAGAGGAGCUUUUACUCUUAUGCAAAGAUUAUCAAGGGUAUAUCCUGGCUGGUCAGUUCGGUUCUAUCACGACUUGGACAUCUCUGACCCAGAAAAGGCGGCAUGGGUGUGCUCACUUUCCUGCAAAUAUGAGCAGCUUGAUUUCUGCUAUGUUGGUAAUCUCCCAGGAGCAGGGCUUGGUGAUAUUCAGUGGACAAUUGGGACUAUAUGGAGACUGGCAGUCAUGGGAGACCCGCUAGUAUCAAGAUUUAUUAUUCGUGACACAGACUCCCCAGUUUUACUGCGUGAAGUCGAGGCUGUACAUGAAUGGUUAAGCUCCGACAAGUGUUUCCACAUGAUGCGGGACAACCCAGCACACAACCAGGCCAUCAUGGGGGGUGCAUGGGGGGGUUGCAACACCUGGCACCCAGAAGCAAUGCCACGACUCAGGGACCUAGUAUUCAGAUGGUCCAAAAACAAAUCCAAACCGUCACAGGAUCAGAUCAAUGUAGUGCAACUUCUGUGGCCAACACUGAAGAAAAGUCAUCUUGCUCACGAUGCAUUCUACUGCCACAAAUUCCCAGGUUCCCGCCCUUUCCCUUCCAGAAGACAAAAUUACACCUUUGUGGGUAUGAGAACACUCAGGGAUGCUUAUUCUGACGACAGCAUCCAUGACCCUUGUCCUAUAGAGUGCAGGCCAACUCACCACAAGGACUGGGAAUACUGCUGAAAUAUUACAGUACUGUACUUACCUGUUCCUCUCUAUAUUAAACUUUAUUAAGUAGUCAUGUGCUUGCUUAAACAUGUGUACAAACCUCAUUUAACACACAUACCCAGCACAGCUUGAUGAAAAUUUAAAUCAAGUUAGAUAAACCAGCCAAUUUUAGAGAAAAAUGCUGUUCUAUAGAAAAUAAUUAGCAUCAAGUAUGUCAAGAUAAUUUUUAAUGUUACAUUAUUCAAGCUACGCUAAAAAAAAUUAACAAUGUGAGAACCAAGUUAGGAAGAGUAAGAAAAUGUAGCAGUAAAGACUACUCAAAAUUUAUGGCUUUUGGUUAACUAAAUCUUUGUACAAAAAUAGGAAAGGGGUAAUUGAAUCAGGCAAGAUGAAAAGAAAAAUUUUAAGCUAACUAAAAAUAAAUUUCAAUCAACCAGAAAAAGUUGUUCGCCAACUAAAGCAAUGAAAAAGAACAUGAUUAACAGAAACAGGACAUGAAAAAGGUGGAAACAUGCAAAACAAACUAGUUUGCAAUGGCAGCCAAACAAAAUGGAGAACUAAACAAAAGCAGAAGAGAAACUAAUCCCCACUAAGAAUAAUUAUGCACUAAUAUAAAAUUUAAGCGUUACUCAAAAAACUGGGUUUUGGGAUUUUAAUCUUUUCUUUUUCUAACAACACUAGUUCCUUAAUCAUAUUAAUGUUGAAAAUACUUUUUAGUUAUGUAUGAUCCUAAUAAACAAUUAUGGUACUAUAGUAAUUAGCUGAUACUUAUCAGUGGAUAUAAACUUUUAUGGUAUCAAUAUCAAUUUAAAAAAUGUAGUAUUGGUCAGGGGAAACUGACUAAUUUCAAUUUUUUUAUGGUAGCAGCAUUGCCAAAAAUUUUGGUAUUGACCCAUCCCUAGUAUUUUGUGCUGUUAGUAUUAUACUGUGUGUGGUAGCAGUGAAUGUAAAACUGUGAAUCUCUCAAAAAUAUUGAUGGAAACUUCAGGAAUAAUACUUUAGAUCAAGAGCCUCUCACCAGCAUCAAGGGAACUCCUCUGAGAUAUCACAGUCCCUCAAUACUACAGAAGAUAUGACAGGUAUCAAUGCCCCAAAGAAAAAAUCUGUCUGCAUACCACCAUUACCCUGAUAUCCUUUAUUUACUAUUUAAAAAAUUUUUUUUUUUUAAUACGUACCAUUCAGACGCCUGUAUUUUUCUGAUAUACAGUAAUACAGCAGGUAUAACAGCUGUAAUUUGCAAGAUAAAAAUCAAUAUUUUACUCAGGAAAAGGGUAGUGUGACUGCUUUUUAAAAGAAACUUAGUUUCUAAGUCAACAUCUUGAAUCUUGUAACACUUUUUUAAGUAGUAACAUUACAAAAGACUAAUUGAAGAUGACAAACACUUGAGUACAUGUAAUUAAUGAACUAUGGGUCUGAGGUAAGUAAUUAAAUAAUAAUCUUCACCCCCUUUGACUGUUUACGUUGUAUAUAUACGUCUUACGCGCCACCGUUUCUGAUGUAUUUAAACGCGUAAAUUCUAGCGGCUUCAAAUCAAGCAGGAGAAAGCUGGUAGGCCC